AUGGGACCAGCGAUGCGCUCACUGCUGCUCUUACUGUCGCUGGCCGCGGCGGCCUUCUCCGCCGCCGUGGUCCCGCCGGUGGCCGUCGAGGACAACGAGGUGGGCGUGGAGGGCCGCGGCGUCUCCGGGGGCGGCGACGGUGCCGGCUGGCGGCUGGCCGUCAAGGUGCUGGCCGACUGCACGGAGCGCGGGGACCUGGUCAGCUGCCUGGGGGUGAAGACGGCCGCCGCGCUGGGCCGCGCCGCCCGCAUGUCCGACAUCAAGCUGGCCGACGGCGUGUCGUUCGUGAGGACCGGCGCCGCCGACGACCGCGACGGCGGCCGGGCGCUCGCCUCCGAGGCCGACAUGCAGAACGCCAUAGACAGCCAGGAGCCGGCCAGCCGCAGCGACAGGCUGGUCGACCUGGUGAUGGAGGCCGCCGGCAGGUUCCUCAGGACGCACUCCCUGCAGUUCAAGCUGCCCGACGAGAUCCCGGGACAGAUCCAGCGUGCCCUGCAGGAUGAAGGCCGUGGUAAGAAGAAGAAGCUGCUGAAGGCUCUGCUGCCGAUCCUGCUGGGCGUGGGCGCCAAGAUGUUGCUGCUGGUACCCCUGGGUCUGUUGGUGGUGGGCGUGUUGGCUUUCAAGGCGCUCAUCGUGAGCAAGAUCGCACUCGUCCUGGGGGCCGUGCUGGCGGUGCAGAAGUUCCUGCGCGGCGGUUCUGGAGGCAGCGGCGGCGGCGGCUGGGCCGGGGCUGGAGCGUCCGGAGGUGGCUGGAGCAGCGCGCCGGCCGCAGUCGGCUCCGGCUGGAGCGCUGGAGGAGCGUCCAGCGGGCCCGGGGGCGCGCCCGGCGGCUGGGGCCGCAGCCUGGAGGGCGACGCACAGGAGAUGGCAUACAGCGCGCACGCGCCGCGCCCGCACCAGGACUAGCGCCCUCUCCACCUCCUCCUCAACCCCCCUAACUUAUUCGUUAUUUAUCGCCGAGUGCCUGCUGUGUGCCUGCACUGAGUCUUUCAAGUGGACACAAUCCAUUCAGUAGACAGCUAUUAUUUUUGAUCACUACUUUGUAACAAUACUUAGGAAGUACGUAAUUACAAAAAAAUCUGAUUAUUAAUACAAUUAUGUAAAAAAUACACCUAGAGUCUCCAACUAUGUCACGCGGACUUCUCAUGCGUUACUUAUAGCAACUGUUUCAUAGAUCGCUAUAGAUGCAGUACCAUUUCGCCACUGAACAGUUCAAUACGUACCAAAAACGAUUUGGGAAACAAUAAACGUUACAUAAGAGAAUCACCUCACUCCAUUAAUAAGUGACACUUUGCAUCGUAUCUCAAUUCACGCACUAUUUUCGCUUGAAAUAUGUGUAAUUACUGGGACUGAUGAACGAAAAGAGGAAAAAUUUUCCUUCAGCAACCGGCCACAAAGAAGACUGUCCGAAUGUUAUGUUUAUAGACCAUCUGUAUGAAGCCCAUUUUACCUUUACGAUAGCUGUAGGAGUGUAUUUCAUAUGUAGUCCUCUCUUAACACUGUUUAAGAA